AUGGGCAUCCACUCCAUCUUGCGCCAGGCGCGCGCGCAGGGCUGGCGGGAUGACACGGUCGAGUACGCCAUUUUCCCCGACCCCGGCUCCUUCGAGCUGCCGCCCCUCGCGCCGGGUCAAGCGGCGGCGAGCGAUGAGGCGGUGCAGCGCGGGCUGGAGGCACUGCGCGUGGCGUGCCUCGACAUCGCGGCGAGGCACGCGGGCGACAUGCGGUGGAACCGCGACCCCUUCCAGCUCUGGCCCGCGCCGCCCCUCGCGCGAGACGCGGCGGAGCAGGCGGUGCGCGGCGAUGAGGGGGAGGGCGAGGAGGAUCCGCCGUUCCGAUGGCGCGACAGGGACGACGGCGUGGCGUGGGGACUGCAUGAUGACGACGAGGAGGGGGACGAGGGGGAGGGGGACGAAGGGGAGAGGGCGGACAGUGCAGGAGGAGCGGAUAAGCGCGCGGGGGAGCGGGGGCAGGCGGGCGUGCCGGCGCACCUAUACGGGCGCACGCAGUACGGCGCGAGUGUGGAGGACGAGUGGGUGGUGGUGUGGCUGCUGCUGCGCAUCUCCGCCUGCCUGCCCUUCCUCUCCAUCCGAGUGCGCGACGGCGAUGGGGACUUUGUGCUGAUCGAGGCGGCCACGGUGCUGCCCAAGUGGGUGGCGCCCUCCUGUGCGCGCAACCGCCUCCUGCUGCGCCAGGGUCGCCUGCACCUGGUGCAUCCGCGUCUGCGCCGCCCGCCCUACCGCCCAGCAGCGCUGCACAGCGCACUGGCCGCUGUGCGCAGUGCCGACGAGCCCACGGAAGCUUCUGAGAAGAUUCAUCGCGCCGUGAUGAGCCGCCUGGAAGGGCUCCCAGGCUCUGCGCUGGCAGCCGUGCACACUGCCAGGUGUCGCCUUCCUAUUCGUGCAGCACAGGCAUUGCAGCAGGACCCCUACCUGGCCACACUGGCAGCCCACGCCUUCCUCAACAGAGACUAUGCUGCCUCCUCCCCUUCCCACACACCCUCUCCCUCCCGCCACCCCUCACAGCCCCUCCCCCUCUUCCUCCCCCACACCUCCUGCCCCUGCGCCCUCGCAUCCUCCCGGCCCCCUGCGCCCCCCACCACAUCCGCCAACGCCAUUCCCAACCCCCCCGUCCCUGCGUCCUCUCCCCCGCCCUGUGUGGUGGUGGUGGACGUGAUGGUGGGGCUCCCCCGCGCCUGCUACGCGCAGCUCGCGCUGCUGCCCUUCUCCCCCCCGCGCGCCUUCCCCCUGCCCUUCCCCUCCGACCCUCUCUAUCCCGCCGCCCUGCUCGGCUGCAAGCUCGCCCUCGGCCUGCACCUGCUCUCGCAGGGGGCGGGCGUGUGUGAGUGUGAUAAAGUGGUGGUGCUGCCAGGGAUGGCAGGGGGUGAGGGCCAUGGAGCGGGCGGUGGGGGCAGUGGGAGGGCAGAGCUGAGCGAGUGGGGCGACCUGCUGCCGUGCCUCACACACGCGGGGCUCUUCCAUUCCCCCCACCCGCCCUCUGCUCCCUCCAACCCUGCCGCUGCUGCUGCUGGGGCUGCUGUGGGGGGCGAGGAGCAGGGGGCGAGUGGGGCAGUGGGGGAGGAGUGGAGAAGGGCAAUAGAGAAGGAGAUGGAGAAUCGGUUCAAAGCGGUGCAGCGGUUUGCACAGCUCAGCGCCACAGCGGCUGAUCCAGCAGCGCGCAUCUACUCGCUGCUGGCAGAGCAGCCCGCCCCGCACCCGUCGGCCUUCUCACGAGCAGCGCUGCGAGUGGACGACAGCGAGCAGUGGAUGGGCGACGCCGUGCGAGCCAUGGAGGCCCGCCUGGGCCAGCAGCAGGCGGAGGGGCAGGGGGGGGGCAGGGGGGGAAGGGGCGGGCGAAAAGGGGGGCGUGGGGGGGAGCGGGAAGGGGGAAGGAAUGGGGUGCGGGAGAAGGGGAGGGAAGGGAAGAGUGGCAAGGCGGGGAGGAAGGAGGGCGAGGAGGUGCAGGGAGAAGAGGAGGCGGGGGAGGAGGAGGCGGGGCAGUUGUUGGAGCGGCUGAAACGAUUCGUGUCCGGCGUGUCUGGGUUUGAGGGCGUGGAGGCGGAAGGGGGUGGUGAUGGCAGUGAUGGGGGCGAGAGUGGGAGGGGGGGAAGUUGUGAGGAGGAGGAAAGCGGUGGCGGGGAGGGGAAUGAAGGGGAUGGAAGUGGUGAGAGUGAUGAGGAGGGGCAAGAGGAGAGGGAGGAAGUGCAGCGGGUGAGUGUGGAGGGUGGUGUGGGAUUGCAGGAAGAGGAGGAUGAUGGUGACGAGGAUGGCGGGGAGGUGGUGAUGGGGCGGGAGAAGCUGAGGGAGUUUGAGAGGUUUAUGGAGGAGUUGGAGGGGGUGAUGGAGCGGUACAGUGAGGAGGAGGUGAAGGGGUUCCGUGGCGAUGGCAGCUCAGAGAGCGAGGAGGACGACAACAGCGAGUCUGCCUUCUUCUCAGAGCCGGGCAGUGACAGCGACUGGGAGGAUGUCAGUGACGCAGGCAGCCCGGGGGAGGAGGGCGAGGAGGAGGAGCGUGAAAGCAAGGGGCGUAUCUCGGGGCCAUUGGUGGUGGGCGGUGGUGGCAGGGGCAGUGUAGGUGCAGGUAGGGGUGCAGGCGGGGGUGAGAGUGGGGCGGGUGAGGGCAGUGCGGUGGCAGGCAGGGGGGGCGCGGCAACAGGCCUGCGCCGGGGCUUCUUUGGUGGGGGAGGAGGGCAGCGGGGGAAGCAGAAUGGGGAGGCGAGGAGGGGGGAGGAAGGGGAGAUGAAGAGAAGAGAUAAGGGCAAGGGGAAAGUGGUGGAGGAGAAGGAGCGGGAAGGGAGAAGGAGUGGGAAGCGAGGGGUGGGGGAAGGCAGCAGCAGGGGAGGGGGUGAGGGCGGAGGGGCGGGAGAGAAUGACUUCUAUUCACUCUACUCCAAGGCCAUGGCCGCCCAGCUCGCCCCCACCCAUGUGCCCUCCUCCUCGCUGCCACUGUCCCCGCACACCCAGCGCCCCAAGGCCAGCAGCAGCAGGGCGGGGCGGGCAGCAUCAGUGGCAGCAGGGGGAGGGGAGGGGGCAGCGGAGGAGGAGGAGGCACGGCGGGUGGUGGGCAGCCUGCAGAUGGCAGCGCGCCUGCAGGGGGGGCUACCAGGGCCCGCUGCACUGCUGCUGGACGCUGUGAAGGGGGACGGCGGGGUAAAGAGGGGCGGAAAGGGGAAGCGGGGGAGGGGUGGAGUGCACGAGUGGAAUGUUCGGCUGCCUACUGUGAUGCCGCCUGCCAAGCCCACUUUCUGCCACACACACAUGUGUGCGUCCAAGCACCCAACCACUCACCCAAUGCAGCAUGCAUGGACAGCUAGCAGAAUGGGCCAACCCUGUGCCAUAGGGGCAAGCACCAUGCACCUGUUGCAAGGUGAUGCAUCACUGUAG